AUGCAAUUGCGGAACUUAGUCUGGCAGUUGCCACUCCUCUUGAGGGCUGUUUCCGCCCAACCAGAAGAGGAGGAGCCUCAAGUUACUGUCACACAUACCAACUAUGUCACUCCUUACUGUUUCCAGCAGCAUCUCAAAUCGUACACCAACGAUGAGAACCACACCACAGGUAUUCCUUUGGUGAUUGUCUACGCCAACCCGGAGGACCCAAUUCCUUCCGAAGACGCUGGCUUUGCUCCAGCUCCUGGUAUUGUCGGUGCUUUCACGAGUACCACCGAAACUCCACAUGUCACUGCUGCUCCUGGUCUGAAUUCUGGUUCGCUGAAGUCAAGAAGCUCUCUGAAGGCUUCCAUUGGCAACAAGCCUUUGACCACCACCUCCGAGAGAAACCAGUGUACUGUUUGCCAAACUGUGUCUUUGAUUGAGUCUGCCCUGAUUACUUUCUCCACCAUUGUCUACACUGUGAACACUACUCAGCCAAUUACUGUGCUGAGUCUGUCCUCAAACGGUAUCCCAUCUGCUACUGGUUCUGAUCCUUUGAUCACCGCCUCCACUGUUAGCGGUAGCUCUAGCAUCACUCUUAGUGCUUCCUGGGAUGUCUCUCUGGUUUACAAUGCCACUGACUCCACUUACGGUCAGAGCCUUCCAUCGGACACCUACGCCAACAACACCAGCUCUUCCUCCACUAGAGCUAGCUUGUCUCUGGCUCCUUUGCACUCCAGCUACUUUGUUACUUCCACCCUCAGCGCUGAAGAGGCUUCUGUGUCUAGUGCUCCACUUACUAGUGCUCAGAACACCUCCACCGUGGCUGCCGUGCUUGAGACCGAGUCCUCUGGCUAUCCUAAGUACUCGAACUCUUCGUCCUCCUACCCUGCCAGUGCUGUGGUUUCCGGAAGUGAUCUCUACAGCAGCGAGGCUACCAGCAGCGACUUCAGCAGCGACUUCAGCAGCGACUUCAGCAGUGAGGCUUCCAGCUCGCUUUUGUCUAGCAGCAUCUUGAGUUCCGUUGCUUCCUCCUCAUUUGCUUCCUCCUUGAGCGAGUCAUCGACAGUCUCCUCGAGCUCCGACGUGGCUGGUGCUUCCGAAAACGAUGACUACCUCACCAUUCGUUCUGUUCCAACCUGUCACAGUGUUUCUGAUCUUUUCCAGGAAAUUGACACUGCUAACCCAUCCAAGUACUACAAGGACGGUGAGUUGCCUCUUGACAUUCCUGACGGAAUUGACACCAGCUCUCCUAUUGGUACCAACUCCUUCUACGCCAACUUGUUCUUGGGUGACCAGAGCAGCAUGGUCUGGACUUAUCCUUACGGUUUCUACUGGGCCAAGGACUCCAAGUAUGGUAUUGCCGUUCAGCACACUGACCCAGACAAGCGUGUCUUCGGUGACAAGAACGACAACGGCGCUGCUUCUUACUACUACAACCCUAUCUUGCUUGGAGAGAUUAUCUUCUCUUCCACCAGAAACUCCAAGAGCAACAACUACUUGAGCGUGACUGACAUGACUCCAAUGUCCGCCAACGUCAGACUUUCCCCAGACUCCGUGAAGAGCGACAACUACGUUGAAUUGCCUCUUGUCCACGGUAUGGGUUUCGCUACUGCCAUCUACCACGGUGACUUGAAGGCUCGUUUGGCUACUGUCUACGCCUUCCAGUCGAUUGUUAAGGAAACCGUUGCCUCUUCUAACGACAAGGUGAUUAAGUACAGAGUCUCCUUGAACCUGGGUGCCGAAUGGUUGGUCUUUGUUACCUUGCCUUCUAAGGACUCUGACUUCAAGCUUGAGAUUGACGGCAGCGACUUGGUUGCCAACAAGAACGUGGAUGGUCUUAUUAUCCAAGCUGCUUUUGCUCCUUCUGACUCUGUUUCAGACAACUACUACUACGAAUCUGCCGGUCUGUACGUUACUACUGCUCAGAUCAAGGGAUCCAUUCAGUGUACCUCUGCCAGCUACAAGUUUGACUACACCACCAAGGGUUCUUCCAUUGCCAACAAGCCAAUUGUGUUUGCUCUUCCUCACCACUUGCAGACCUUGGAUGCUAGCGUCACUUCUCAAAGCACUGGUAUUCAGCUUGAAUCUACUGUUAAGGGUACUAUGGUUGGUUUCUUGACUGACGAGCUUUCCUUCAGUGAGACCAUCAACAACCAGAUUCAGUUCUUGCCAUGGGUCGAUGGAAUGGGUACCAGCGCCAGAUACUCCUCUGAUCAGCUUAAGCUCAUCCAUGAGACUGCUAUUAAGGAAAUCUCCAAUGUGGACAUUCCCCUGACUAUCCUUUCUGUCAAGUCCACCUACUCCAUGGGUAAGCUUGCCGACAAGUACGCCUACAUCUUGUACGUUCUCAAUGACAUUGUCAAGGAUGAGGAAGCUGCCAAGUCAUUGUUGGAAUCCUUGCAGAAGUACUACUCCACCUGGUUCAAGAACACUGACGUGGGCUUCCCAUUGAUGCACGACACCAAGUUUGGUGGUGUUACCAGUACUGCCAACAAUGACGGUGACACUGGUGCUGACUUUGGUUCUGGUUUCUACAACGACCACCACUUCCACUACGGUUACCACAUCCACGCUGCCGCUAUCAUCGGUCACGUUGACAAGCAGCUUGGUGGUACCUGGGCUGAGGACAACAAGGAGCAAGUCAACAUUUUGAUCAGAGAUGUUGCCAACCCAAGCACCAAGGACACCUACUUCCCAGUCUUCAGACUGUUCGACUGGUUCCAGGGCCACUCCUGGGCUAAGGGUUUGUUUGCCAGUGGAGAUGGUAAGGACGAGGAGUCGUCAUCUGAGGACUACCACUUCUACUACGGUAUGAAAUUGUGGGGUAACAUCAUUGAUGACAAUGCCAUGGAGGCCCGUGGUGACUUGAUCUUGAAGAUCAUGAGCAGAGCCAUGAACUUGUACAUGCUCUACUCCGACGACAACGACGUGCAGCCAGCUUCGAUUAUUCCUAACAAGGUCUCUGGUAUUCUUUUCGACAACAAGAUCGCCUACGCCACCUACUUUGGUGACAACACUGAGUACAUCCACGGUAUCCACAUGUUGCCAAUUACUCCAGCUUCUGGUUUGAUCAGAGGAGCUAACUACGUCAAGCAAGAAUGGGAAGACGUUCUUGCUGGUGUCAUUGGCUCUGUCAACUCUGGCUGGACGGGUAUUCUCCGUCUUAACCAAGCCCUUUAUGACGGUGAAAAGUCCUACGACUUCUUCUCGUCUGACGACUUCACAAAGGCAUACUUGGAUGACGGUCAGAGUCGAACAUGGUCUUUGGCCUUCUCUGCCGCCGUGGCUAAUGGUGUUUAA